UUCACAAAUACGUAGAGUCCACCUUUCCCCAGUGCCUCUCGCGGUCUCGCUGAACGCGGUUAUCAGUUAAGUCAAUGAGGACCGUGACGGCAAGCAACGUGACUACCUGAUAUACAUCCUUCUCCGAGUCUGAACAAAGGAGGGCACAAGGGCAACGCUCCUUGAGACAAGCGCUACGCCAAAUUCUGUUAUGGCAGCGCCACGAUGGACUCGGGCAUCGAAUGCGGCCGCUCUGCUGCCUAAGGUACCUUUCCAGUCGAUGGUACCGGCAGCAUUGCCUCCAGAGCUGAUCGCUCACGUACUCUCCUUCCUCAAGCCAUCUGCCGAACCGUCUCUCUAUCCUGCGGCAGAUGCGACCACACUCGAGCUGCCGAGCGCAGCUAUGCAUCAUACAGAUCACCUCCGAGAUUAUUGCAAUUGCUGCUUGCUCUCUCGAGAUAUCCUUCCGUACGCCCGCCAGUUGCUUUACCGGACUCUGGUGCUAGGAAAUGCUCGCCAAGUCCGCCUGCUGGCCCGCACGCUGGAAGGCCACGAUGCUCGCAGCGCCUCUCCUAAUAGGGACUUUGAACAAGCGCCCUUCAACAUGGGGUCACUCAUUCAUCCUGAGAUGAUGCUCGCUCUCAGCCCGAUGAAGAUGACCGAUGCGGCAACCGAGACUCCUAGCAAUGUCGGCGCACUUGCAGACGGCCUAGGCGUAUCAAGCAACGGCAUUAGGCAGGCAGCUCAAAAUAUUGCGAGGUACAUUCAACAUGUUUGCAUCACGCACAAUGAUGGAUAUCUCGCCUCUGGCGAUACAUUAUCGGACACUUAUGCGUGGGCUCCAGGUCUUCGAACGCUUUUCACACAUGCAGUCAACCUCGAGAUGUUGAGCCUCGUCAGCAGACCGAACGGUGCUGCCAUCGAGCAACUCGUCAAUCCCAAAACACGUGGCUCACUCAAAUGCCUCACUGUUCAGUCAUUGAGCUAUUCGGCGCUUCCUUUUAUCCACAAGCCUGACCCGCGUCUGUUUCGGAACCUCACCCACCUACAUCUCAUUCAGACCGUGCCCAGGAAGCCCUUGCUCAAGAUGCUCGUCGACUCGGAGACUUGCUGCUCUCCAUUACAAGUCUUGCGGCUCUCGCGCGUCUAUCACGAUGGGCUUGAUCGGCUCGAAGAAUCCCUCAAUUUCAUCGAAAAGCAACGUCCAAUGGAUGAGAGCCUGAUAAGUGGAGAACACGCAGAUGCGGGCUCAACCGAAGAGUAUCAAAUUUUUCUCCACGGCAGAUCAUCAAAUGCAACAAAGCUGCAAGUUGCAAUUCACCUGCUCAUGCGCAAUCUAGUCUUCUUCCCAUGCCUACGAUUACUGCUCCUCGAGCUGGGCGAGAUGGGAGCCCUUGAUCCACCUCCACCGCCAACGCAACGAUUCGCUAACAUGACAGGCACUCCCGGUGAGCAAUUCGUCUCUUCCGUCAAUAAUUCUGCUACAGCCACUGGACAACUUGCUACGCUCGAUUUCCCGAGCGACGUGCCGCUGAGCUUUGACGAAGCAACCGCUUGGGACCAGGAAGAAGAGAGGCGGCGGACAGCAAAUCGAGACGAGUAUUGGCUCAACGUCAGAGAAGGUAAGGAAGCGCUGAAAGAAUUUGCUGCUGCUUCUCUGAAGCAUGUCUUCAACAAUGAGAUUCCCUUUGCUGAGGGACGCGAGCCCGCCGUACGGAGAAGGCCUGACCAGGGACUCGAAGUGCGUGUCGUCGCACCUCGGCCGGGCGGUUGGAACCGAUUCGAAUCGCAGGCGGACUUUGAUGCUCAAGUGCCUGACGCAAAUUGGUCCUGCACUGAGGAGCGCACAAGCUACAAUGAUCCCGACGUCUUUGAGCUCGCUGAAAAGCGCUGGGACUUGGGUUAUGCACCAUUUCCGGACGCUUCCAUCUACCAUUCGCACAACGGCAAAGCAGCGGCACCCAAGUAUUGGCUAGGCACUCUGCCAAGAGUCAAGGCUUCUGACGGGGUGGUUAGCCAAAGUGGAGUAUCUCUCGACCCAAUGCAGAGAUGACACAAAUAUGCAUGUGAAGCAUAUUGUAGGAGCAACAGUAAAGACAGGCAACCUUGUUCUCGAUGUAGUCUUUGAGGCGCUACAUGGCUGCCUGGAUCCAAUCUUGAACACGAGAUGUGGG